CAUGUGCGGCCUAUUCUGCCGAUAGAGAACUUCGCGCAAUUCAGCCCAUCAGUACCAUAUCAAACAAUUACGUUUGCCUGGUUGAUGUCGAACCGCGCACAAGUACGACAUCUCUCGACAGUCGGUGAUGGCUAUCGAAGUCGAGGAACUGGUUAUUCAACCAUUCCGGGAAGUUGUGGAACGUGGCAAAGAAGCCGUCGCUAAUGCCGAGGCGGAAGCCAAGGCGGAGUCGGAGGCGCGCGGCGAUGCAGACGAGGAUAAUGAAGACGAUGCCGAUUCUUCCGACAAGCAUGAUGUGACGGCCAUGCUAAAAACGGCGCGUGCGCUAGUCAAGGAAGGCGAACGGGCCUUACAGAGGCUAAUGCCGCUAUGGAAAGAACGUGUCGACAAAUAUGGCGACGCGUUUACGGAGGCUAUGCGACAGAACGAUCAGAUAAUCGACAGCCAGAGGCGGUUGGAAGAUCUGCUCUAUGACUUGGAUGAUUUCGUCGAUGUCGAUUCGUUUGACGCCGAGAGAUUUGCCGAGGUCCAAGCAGCAUCCAAGGCUUUCGCUCUGACUCUCAUGGAAACUAUUAGGAGACUCCAUAUCGAAGAGACUGCGCGGCCUCCAUCCCCCGAUCCUUCGUGGAUACAACAACUAUCACCCCGGGCUCUAAAUACGAAGGGUCGUUCCAACACUGGAUCUAUUACCCCUGCAAGGCUCAGCGAAAAUGCUAGUGCCAGUGGUGCUAAUACCCCGGCCAGGCGACCGUCUAGUCCUGACAUCCUAGGCGCGGAGAGGGAUUGCAUUAGCCUUGUAUCCGGACCUCCUACCGCCGCACCUCCGAAUUCGAGAACAUCGGCUUGGGUUAGCGAACAGACGACAGCCGCUAAGUUAUGGCCUCGCAACAACUCGAUCCCCGAGAACGACUAUUUUGUGGCGCAACCUAUCUUCAAUAAUCUCGAUAGUGUCGCUUUACAUGGUCAAGAGGCACCGACGCCGUCUGUUCCGCCCCGCAGUCCAGAGACUUCGUACAGCAGACUAUCCUGGUAUACUAGCACUGGCAGUUUUACCUCGGGGCCAAGAUCAUCGGUCCAAGUUCCUACUAGCGACCAAAGGACGACUUCCCUUGCGAAACUCAUGUCUGGCCCUCCCGAAUUCCGUGAAUCAAGACAGCUUAAGCCUCCAUCAUCGCCUAUUGCGCUUGUCUACGAAGAUGGCCUAAUACCUGCCGACGAGCUCUUCGUGUCACGGGCAAACUCAAUCUCUGGCUACCAAAUAGGGCUCGAUAGCAGUCUUUAUAUCCACAAGGGAUUAUGCUCGGGCGCGUUGACAUAUCGGGUCAAAGGACGCAAAAGCGCUACUAGAUCUGUCCAGGAAUAUGGGACCAGACGCAGCACCGCCCGAUGCACCGAAUGCGAGUUCGCGCAGAGCCUAUUGGAACUAGAACUUGACGUCGCGCAGGAUCCGACUGGCAAUUUCGAGAAAGCGGGGGUUCUGUUCCGCCUCCGUUUCCUAUACAAAUCACACUUGAUAUCGAGUUCAGCCUUCACCAUGCAAUUCGGCUGCCUGUUUUGCGCAGAAAAGGGACAGACGGUAUAUGCAGACGACGCAACGGUCUUUAUGACACAAGAACAGCUAUUCAAGCACUUGUCACGUCACCCACAGCCUCUUCCUGAGAUUCAAGGGGUCACGGUCUUAUAUGGUCAGGUUUCUAAGGAAGACCCUAAUGCCGAAGACUACGACCUUCACUUUCCGAAUCCCCCCGUUGCUAGUAUCCUUCCAGAUGCGCCUACUCUCGCAAAGCUCCCAUCUGCGAUAGCUAUUAAGAGCCAUAUUAAGCGUUAUGGGCGAGAUCUGGUCGAUCCUGAUGGUAGUCCGGAUCAGGUUAUGAAAUUUUUGGAAGGGGCUCGAAUUGUAGGCGUUGAAUUCCCGGAGAAGUGGAAGGGUAAAUGGUGUACCGGCUGGCAUGAUGGCCAAUGGGGUAGUUUCCCCACGAAGAAUAUCACGCUGGAGCGACCUUCAAUCGCUCCCGGAGCAACCCCAAACGCCGAAGGAAUGUUCGUUACGACGCGCUGGAAAUGGGAGAUUAAGGAUACAACUCAUGGGUGGUUACCGCUCGACAAGGAUGAGACAUUGUCGAAUGUUACAUGGAUUAGUCAGAACGAUUGGUGCUGGCAUGGGACGAAGAAGAAUGGCAAGUCGGGUCUCUUCCCAUCAUCACAUGUUAAGAUGGAGUCGCUGCGAGGUAGCCAUGAAGGAGAUGAUGAUUCUGCGACAAAAGGCAAGAAGGCAGGGAGCUUCAGUUUACCUACCAUCAAGAUGCGAAGGAUGACGAUCGGAAGUUCCACGUCCUAGCUGUUUCGAAGUUACAUGGGGAGUUAUGGUUUCUACUGGAGUGGUCAAGGGGGUGAGGCGUUCGUUCUGAUAGUUCUGUGUUCUUCUGUGCAGGUGCUUA